GCGUUGCCUGCGUUUGCGAAAACACAGUCAUCUCUUCUUCUUUUUUUCUCCUACUUUGCUUAACCCCUUCUUUUUUUGCUUCAUAUUGUUCAUGCUCUGCUAUCAUUUAUAACUCAGAUGUCGGAGGCACCCGGCAAUACAAAAUCUAUCAAGGCCAUCGACGCCAAGUCAGUGCAUCAGAUCACAUCAGGCCAGGUUGUUAUCGACCUACAAACUGCAGUGAAGGAGCUGGUAGAGAAUAGUCUUGAUGCAGGCGCCACUAGUGUUGAGGUCCGAUUCAAAAAUUACGGAUUGAAUAGUGUCGAAGUUAUCGACAACGGAAGUGGAAUUCCAGAAAGUGAUUUUGAAGAUAUUGGGCGCAAACAUCACACCUCCAAGCUCUCCUCUUUUGAAGACCUAACAUCAAUCACUUCGUUUGGAUUUCGGGGAGAGGCUAUGUCAUCCUUAUGCGCGUUGUGCGAGAGUGUAACAGUUACAACGGCAGUCGCGGGAAAGGCACCAAUGGGGACCGUUUUGGAGUUAGGAAAGGAUGGCGGUGUGAUGAAAAGGGGAAAAGCACCAAGACAGCGUGGAACAACCGUCUUGCUCACGACGCCCUUCGUGUCCCUGCCAGUACGACGAAAAGAACUUGAGCGCAACAUCAAACGCGAAUUUGGCAAGACACUCACGUUACUCAAUGCUUAUGCACUUGGGCCAUGCUGCGGAUUGAAUGCAGGCUCUUCGUACGAAGACGCGUCAGAGAACGACUUUCGUACCCGAGCAGUUCGACUAGUUGUUACCAACCAACCGGACAAAGGGCAGAAGGUGACAUGUAUAUCGCUGCCAUUGCCAUCACCGGCUGGCACCCCGCCCUCUGUCCGAAAUGGUGUUAAUGUGCUUUGGGGAAGUAAGGCUCUGGGUAAUGUAAUUGAUUUCAGUUUUCAGUUUCAGGUCCCGAGAAUAUCUGUCAAGCGAUACAAACGCAAGGUUGAUACCGAUGAUGAGAAGGAAGAGACGUUUGUUGUCCGCGUCAAGGGCCUCAUUUCAUCUCCUGUGCCCAUACCUGGGUCAAACUCGAACUCACGGUUCGCUCGAACCGCUGCAGAUCGACAGUUUUUCUACAUUAAUGGUAGACCGUGUACCCUUCCAAAGGCCCAGAAGGCUCUAAAUGAGACUUAUCGCUCAUACACUGCCUCUAACUCCGCCAUACCGCACUUUCCUCUCGUCAUCAUGGACUUUAAUUUACCAGGCGACGCUGUCGAUGUCAAUGUCACCCCAGAUAAACGUACUAUCGUGGUCCACGCUGAAACUCAUAUCGUUGAUGGUUUAAGAAACGCCCUCGAUGAAUUAUUUUCACCGACGAGGUCUACUUACGGUGUCAACAACACUCAGUGUAGUGAUACUACCAAGGGUCUUCCUCAAAGCAGUUCCACAGUUAACCCCACCCCUCACCGAACCGUUUCAAUGCCUCCCCCGACGAUCGAUUCCGAUCAAGGCGAGUCUGACAAAGACAUUCCUCGUGAAAGAAUUGUCGGGAAACUCGAGCGCAGUAGAACCGCGUGUACUACGCUCCAGGGUCAGGCUGGUAGUUCCAACGCCGCCGCCACCGCUAGGUUGUCAUCUGGCUCAACAUGUGCAGAUCGUCGAACGCCUUCAUCGCCUACACUUAAUUUCCGUACCCGAUGUUCGGCUAGCAGCGACCUACAAAUCGCAUCUACCCCGUCUUCGGGCGAAGGUUUGGGAUUGAGGGACUCGCCUGCCUCUCCGCCAUCUUUGCCACCGCAUGGUGCAGAUGCAGUAAUAAGCAAGAGGCAAGAAGUCAUUUUAGCUGGAGGUAGCACGGAGAAGAAGAAGAAGAAGAAGAAUGCGGGAGAGGUUGUAGUCAGUACUGCUGAUGCUAGUUGGAUGGAGAAGGUCGGAUCUUCAGCCCAGAAGGACGUCUCCUUAGUGGAGGAUCGGUCGGAGCCUCGAGCAGAAUCAGGUGACGAUGAACCGCCUAGGAAGAAACGGAAGUCAAUUGCGAUUAAUGCCGACCCGAGCGACGAGGAUAUCGAGGUUUUGGAUACUUGUUCGGGUGAUGGGCAAUCCUCCGCGAAAGCCCGUAAGAACGAUUCGAUCCGGCAACGACAGCUCAGGCUCACUGACACAUCCCAACCUCGGAAUGCUCGUCAAAGCAUGCGCUCCAGGCUAGCCAGCUUUGCUCGAGCUGGUAGUCUGAUACCUGCCCCACCUCCCGAAGAAGACGAUCAAGAGGGUCGGGAUCAGGAGCAGGAAGAUGAUGAUGGAAAUGGCAUGCGCGUUGGCGACUCAAUCGCUACUGACUCAUCCCUAGGUUCUUCAUCACAGCCUCUCCCACUUUUCUUACCAGAUGAAGAUGGUGACACGCCUAUGGAGGACUCCACCCCAGCUUCUUCCGUGGUCGCCUCGGUCUCUCACCCUCCAACGUCCAGUAGCGUCCUCCCAAACUCUUCGUCAUCAUCUGGUGUCAUCGACCUCACACCUGAUAGCGACGAAGACGAAAUCGACGGCUCACUAUUAUCCUCCAUUAGUCCAGAAACUAUGUCCCAAUCACGCAAAAUGGAACAGCUUGACAGAUCCGAAAUUAUCCGUACAACCUCCUCGCAAUCCUCUGGUGAUAUCCAUCUGCGAUUCAAUCUAUCGGAUAUCACUGGUAGAUGGACGAUACUCCGAGGAAAACUCAUCCAGGCGCAGAGGAAACUAAGCCGGACUAACUCCAAAAACUCCACCGCUUCCGCUGCCGGUGUGGCAGAACCUGCCGCUGAUAGCGAUAAUGCCGCUGAAGCCACGCUGUCUCGGGUCAUUGAGAAGAGUGAUUUCAGUAAAAUGGACGUUUUAGGCCAAUUUAACUUGGGGUUUAUCAUCGUCAGGAAGAGAGGGCAGGGCACGUAUGGAGGUAGUGCAGGAGAAGUUGAUUUGCAGGAUGAUCUAUUCAUCGUUGAUCAACAUGCAGCUGAUGAGAAAUAUAACUUCGAAACCCUGCAGGAAACCUGUAGCAUCAAGAGCCAACAGCUUUUUCGACCUCUUCCGUUAGAUUUAACAGCCACGGACGAGAUCCUUGCAAUUGAGAAUAUGGAUGUUCUCAGGCGCAAUGGAUUUGAAAUUCAUAUUCGGGAUGAUGUUGAUGGAAGUGGUGAUCUACCUGCGGAAGAUUUUGAUAUGGAAGCAAGCCAAACUCGUCUUAGUCUGAGUGCCCUGCCCAUAAGUAAAGGAACUGUCUUUGAUUUGAAGGAUCUGGAGGAAGUUCUUCAUCUUUUGCAUGAGAAUCCCUCGGGUCAAGUGGUCCGUUGCUCAAAGGCUAGAGCUAUGUUUGCUUCCAGAGCUUGCCGUAAAAGCGUAAUGGUUGGAAUGCCACUCACGAAGGCUCAUAUGACCACGGUAAUCCAUCACAUGGGAAAGAUGGAUGAGCCAUGGAAUUGUCCACACGGGCGACCGACCAUGAGACACUUAUACGAUAUGUCAGCUAAGACGCCGAUGAAAUUCAAAGAGGUUGAUUGGGCAUCCUUUACUUGAACUCCCUACAUUACGGCGUACACCUACACGAGCGUUAUUUAGUAAGCUUAGCGAUAAAUCGUUUACGCUCCUUGACAAUGUCCAUUCACGCAGUAAAGCGAGAGCAGUGUCAUCUCGCUUGGGACAACAGGUAAUGCCCCUCUUCCAACGUUUAUUGAGCUAUUGUACGCCAGUAUCCCCCCUGUACUUCGCGUCA